CGUCCAAUCCGAGUCCCCUAGCGGAGGAAAAUGGGCCUACAGCGAGAAAUUGAAAAUAAGGAUGAGCGCCAUGUCUGAUCCUCCGCCUGUGGAAUAGAGCGGACGGCAGGGCGAUCGUGUUCCCCGGGCCUGCGGUCCCUUCGGGCUUUCGGUGAGCAGUCAUGGCCGACAGCGUGGGGAUUCAACAAGGUUCGCCGGCCGUCGGAGCCGCGGGCCUGGUUCCGGCCGCUCCCGGAGCCGCGGGGACGGAGGGCUCCAGCGCCGCUGGAGGAUCUGCACGUAUAGCCGCGAAGAAGGCGCAACUCCGCUCCUCACCACGGCCGAAGAAACUGGAAAAACUCGGGGUGUAUUCAUCCUGUAAAGCUGAAGGAGCCUGUAAAUGUAAUGGCUGGAAAAGUCAGAACCCGCCUCCGACACCUCCUCAAACUGACCAGCAAUCCAACACAGUGAACUUACAGGAACCUUGUCGGAGCUGUUCUCACACGUUAGGUGAUCACGUGACCCAUCUUGAAAAUGUUUCAGAGGAGGAAAUGAACAGACUACUAGGUGUUGUUUUGGAUGUGGAGUAUCUCUACACCUGUGUUCACAAGGAGGAGGAUGCUGACACCAAACAAGUCUACUUCUCCCUCUUCAAACUGUUGAGAAAAUCUAUCCUACAGAUGGGUAAGCCGAUGUUAGAGGCACAAGAGAGUCCGCCGUUUGAAAAGCCCAGCAUUGAGCAGGGAGUGAAUAAUUUCGUCCAGUACAAAUUCAGCCACCUACCGUCAAAGGAACGACAAACUAUCAUGGAGCUGGCCAAGAUGUUCCUGAAUCAGAUCAACUACUGGCAGCUGGAAACUCCCUCUCAGAGACGCCAAAGGGUGCCCAGUGAUGACGUGGUUGGAUACAAAGUCAACUACACCAGAUGGCUCUGCUACUGCAAUGUGCCGCAGUUCUGCGACAGCUUACCGCGCUACGAGACCACGCAGAUCUUCGGCCGGACGUUGCUGCGCUCCGUGUUCACUGUGAUGAGAAAGCAGCUGCUGGAGCAGGCCAGACAGGAGAAGGACAAGCUUCCUCCUGAGAAACGCACUCUCAUUCUCACACACUUUCCCAAAUUCCUGUCCAUGUUGGAAGAGGAAGUUUACAGUCACAGCUCUCCCAUCUGGAGCCAAGACUUCUUGGUGGGAGCAACAGGAGGGCAGAUUCCUGUCCACACAGUGAUAAGUGCUCCCCCAGUCACCAGGCCCAUAUACUACAGCACCAGUCCCGUGUCAGUGGACCCGUCCACUUGUGAAAGUGUGAGCCCUGCCAGGAAACCCGCCUCUGUUCUGGAGUCAAGCCCAGGUUUCACAGUAGGAGAAAAGCGAAAAGCCUCAGAGCUGCUUCACCAUGAAGAGAACAAGAGACCCAGGGUGGUAGGGGACAUCCCCAUGGACCUCAUCAAUGAAGUCAUGGCAACCAUCAGUGACCCUGCCACCAUUCCAGAGACGAGUCUGCUGUCUGCUCAUUCUGCCCGCGAUGAAGCCGCCCGCCUCGAAGAGCGGAGAGGAGUUAUCGAAUUCCACGUCAUCGGGAACUCGCUCAAUCAGAAGCCCAACAAGCGGAUCCUGAUGUGGCUCGUUGGCCUUCAGAACGUCUUCUCCCACCAGCUUCCCCGGAUGCCCAAAGAAUACAUAACCCGACUGGUCUUUGACCCGAAACAUAAAACGCUGUCUUUGAUAAAAGAUGGCCGGGUCAUUGGAGGGAUCUGUUUCAGGAUGUUCCCAUCGCAGGGCUUCACAGAGAUUGUAUUUUGUGCCGUCACGUCCAAUGAGCAAGUCAAGGGUUAUGGGACCCAUUUAAUGAACCACCUAAAGGAAUAUCACAUAAAACACAAAAUACUCAACUUCCUCACUUAUGCUGACGAGUACGCAAUUGGGUACUUCAAGAAACAGGGUUUUUCAAAGGACAUCAAGGUCCCCAAAGCCAAGUACGUGGGCUACAUCAAGGACUACGAGGGAGCCACGCUGAUGGGAUGUGAACUCAACCCUAGCAUCCCCUACACAGAGUUCUCCGUUAUCAUCAAGAAGCAGAAGGAGAUCAUCAAGAAGCUGAUAGAAAGGAAGCAGGCCCAGAUCCGAAAGGUCUACCCGGGGCUGUCCUGUUUUAAGGACGGGGUCCGGCAGAUUCCAAUCGAGAGCAUUCCCGGCAUACGUGAAACUGGCUGGAAGCCUGCAGGAAAGGGGAAGGAAUUGAAGGACCCUGACCAACUUUACAGCACAUUGAAAACCAUCCUGCAGCAUGUGAAGAAUCAUCAGAACGCCUGGCCUUUCAUGGAGCCUGUGAAGAAAACAGAAGCACCUGGCUACUACCAAGUCAUUCGUUUCCCAAUGGACUUGAAGACGAUGAGCGAGCGCCUGAAGAGCAGGUACUACACGACGCGGAAGCUUUUCAUGGCCGACAUGCAGCGCAUCUUCACCAACUGCCGCGAAUACAACGCUCCGGAGAGCGAGUACUACAAGUGUGCCAACAUACUGGAGAAAUUCUUCUACACCAAGAUCAAAGAGGCAGGCCUCAUCGAGAAGUAGACUAAAGAUGAGAGGUUUUCCUUUCAAGUAGCCUGGCGCAGGUUAGGUUAGCGGGUAAUGCAGAAGACAAUAAAGAAAGAAAGGGAUUAUUGAUUGUGGAGUUGGUUUCAGGAUCAUAUCUUAUGUUUAAUGCAUGCUGGCCUAUGUCUUGAAUCAGUUCCUUGUUUGAAAGAUUUGCCAAGAGGGAUGUAGACACUCAAGAUUGUAACAAAAAAAACAAUCUUGGAAAAAAAAAAAGAAUGGCAUUUUUGAUUUUUUUUUUUUGUGCAUACCCAAAAACUGAGAAAGCUUUCAUCAUUUGUUUUUAAAAAUUAUUAAACAUUGACACCUGAUUUUUUUUUUUUUUAAAGAUCUAACUGUAUCUUCUGUUUACACAGCCUCUUAGUGUCCACCUUUCUCCUCUCAGUUGACUCAGGUUGUCAUGUGAAGGAGCCAAAUGUUUGAUGGAUUGAGUCUUUAAGAAAAGUGUUUCCUGUUAGCAAAACAAGCUGGAGCUUCCCUGUCUAACUGCAGCUAUUAGCAUGUACAGCACUAACGUUCAAGUUUGUCUGUGAUGAGUUUAUCCUGCCAAAAGAGGAAUAUAACCUUUAAAUUUUGUACAUAUUUUAAUCAUUUUGAAGCACUUAUGCCCAAUGUAUAUUUUAAAUAUCUAUACUUAAAGUACAUUUCCCCCAUUAACCCACAAAAGGGAGGUUCGACUAUCAAAAUGCACUUUCCUCCCCCUCCAAGUAUUAACAGGAAUUCUUGCCUAUUUUCCUUUCUUCUACUUAUGGAUUACACUGUCAACUCAGAACUACUUUAAUUAUCUAGAGUUUAUUCUUAUUUAUGCGCUUUAAUUCAGAAGAAUUAUGUUUAAGACAAGGUCUUAAUUUAUUAUCUUAUUUUUGUCCUGCAGAUGGAGAUUGAUAACUUUAUACUUUGGAGAUAAAUGAAAAGAUUGUGCAAUACGAUGCAGUUUUGCUGUUUUGUAAAAAGGUGUUUGUACUUUCCAAACUUUGGGACAAAUAAUCUUUUUUAAUAUGUCUGUAAAAUAAAAUAUAUUUCAUGCUCUUUG